CGGACCCACGUGUCCCUCUUUUAUUUUCUUCCGACUCCGACAGAAUGAGAAGACAGAUGUUAUGAAAUGGGAAUAUAGCCGGCCAAGACAUAGCCCGAUAAGAAGCUUGUGGACUUUACUUUUCACAAGGUUUUGAUGACAACAUCGUACAUUAAACAUGCACUCUCAGAUACUGUGUAGCGGCUCAACAGCGGUCAUCGCUUCGAGAAGGAUUCGGAAUAUUUUAGGUGCUGUCCUGGGAAGAGAUGGCUGGAUGUGGAGAACACAUGAGGUCAAACUUAUCAACACAUCCUCAGGUGAUACAGUGAAGAUUGGAGAGAUAUCUUACAAACUCAAAACACCCCGAAAUCCAGAACUUGUUCCUGUCAAGCACAUUUCAGACUCCCUACCUCAGACAGUGGCUCAGCACCUGCGAUGGAUAAUGCAGAAAGAUCUUUUGGGUCAGGAUGUGUUUCUUAUUGGUCCCCCAGGACCACUGAGACGAUCCAUAGCCAUGCAGUACCUCGAGUUAACCAAACGGGAAGUAGAGUAUGUUGCUCUAUCCAGGGACACCACAGAGACUGACCUGAAACAGAGGAGAGAGAUCCGCUCAGGGACAGCCUUCUAUAUAGACCAGUGUGCAGUUAGGGCAGCAACACAUGGUCGAGUCCUGGUCCUGGAGGGUCUUGAAAAGGCAGAGAGAAAUGUUCUACCUGUCCUUAACAACCUGCUGGAGAACAGAGAGAUGCAGCUGGAGGAUGGACGGUUCCUCAUGUCAGCUGAGCGUUACGACAAGCUGCUGCAGGAACACACUAAAGACGAACUGGACAGCUGGAAGAUUGUUCGUGUAAGUGAGGACUUUAGGGUCAUCGCUCUUGGUCUCCCUGUCCCCAAGUAUAAGGGCAACCCGCUGGAUCCUCCUCUCCGCUCUCGCUUCCAGGCCAGAGACAUCUAUUACCUACCAUUCAAGGACCAAUUGGAGCUGCUGUAUACAGCAGGACCAAACAUUGCUGCAGAAAGAGUGUCCCAGCUGUUGUCACUAGCCACUACACUGUGUUCCCAAGAAUCAUCCAACCUUGGCCUUCCUGACUUCCCUGUGGACAACCUACUUCCUGCCACCCAUGUGCUGAACACUUUCCCCAUGAUGUCCUCCCAGCAGCUAGUCCAGAGACUUUACCCCUACAACAGCUUCUUGGGCAAAGAAGGGCGCACUGCGGUGGAGGGUGUACUCAGCAGAUUUGAGCUUUUGGAUGGUCAUCGUCAACCAGCACCCAGCGCCAUUUUGAAUGUGUCCCUGACAAAGGAUCUUGAGGGCCACGCAGAUGUCACAAUAUGUGUUGCAGACAAGGACAUCACCUUCCAGGUCCCAGCAGGCACCAAGAAGCUGUGUCCACCCAACAGAAGCCGUAUCUUCGUCAGUACACCAAGCCACUCCCAGCUGAUGGCUGAGAUGAUGCAAUCACACAUGGCUAAGGACAUAUGUCUGAUAGGAGCCAAGGGUUGUGGCAAGUCAGUGAUUGCAAGAGAGUUUGCUGAGAUGCUUGGUUACAGUACAGAGUCUGUCAUGCUCUACCAGGACAUGACAGCAAGGGACCUUCUCCAGCAGAGGUAUACUCUCCCUAACGGAGACACAGCGUGGAGGCCGUCCCCACUGGUCACUGCUGCCAUUGAAGGCAAGCUGCUGCUUCUGGAUGGUAUACACAGGGUCAACCUGGGGACCUUGGCUGUGCUGUCUAGGUUACUCCAUGAUAGAGAGUUGGAUCUGUAUGAUGGAACCAGGCUGCUGAGGUGGGACAGAUACCAGACACUGAAGGAAGAACUACAGUUCAGUGACAAGCAACUGCAAGAGAGGUCAAUCCUCCCCAUCCAUCCAUCAUUCAGGGUGCUGGCAAUGGCAGAGCCUCCGGUUGUGGGUGCCAUUACAGGCAGCAUCAGCAGCAGAGGUCAGCAGUGGCUGAGCCCAGAGCUGCUCACUAUGUUCCUCUACCACACUGUCACACCCCUGGGCAAAGCAGAGGAGAUGGACCUCAUACAAGCACUGACCCCCUGUGUUCCAAAGGAAGGAGCAGAGCAUCUAUUGCACCUCACACACAGUCUACGCAAGACAAACGACCCCACAGCGCAGUCUCUGGCCUCGUCUUUAUCCACCAGACAGUUGUUGAGGAUCUGUCGCCGUCUCUCUCAGUACCCUGAGGAGAGCAUCGCUCAUGCUGUCAAUAAGGCUUGUCUCUCCAGGUUCCUGCCCAGUCUGGCCCGAGCCUCUCUUGAAAAAAGCCUUGCCAACUCCUCCAUACAGGACGCAUCAUAUCCUGCUGACACUCGUGACUUCAGCUGUAUGGUAAAGGAUGGUGUGUUGACUAUUGGCAAUGUAUCUGCUCCUGUCUACAACCCCAAUGACAAAAUUAAGGUUCCAGAUGUCCUCUUCUAUGAUAAUCCCCAGCACAUGAUGGUAAUGGAAGACAUGUUGAAAGACUUUCUAUUAGGAGAGCACCUCCUCUUGGUGGGCAACCAGGGCGUGGGUAAGAAUAAAAUAGUGGACAGGUUCCUGCACCUUCUGAACAGGCCCAGAGAAUACCUGCAGCUCCACAGGGAUACAACUGUCCAGACUUUGACCCUGCAGCCUUCUGUCCAAAAUGGCAUCAUCAUUUAUGAGGACUCACCUCUGGUGAAGGCAGUGAAACUGGGUCAUAUAUUAGUGAUUGACGAGGCCGACAAAGCCCCCACUAAUGUUACCUGCAUCCUCAAAACCCUGGUUGAGAGUGGAGAGAUGAUUCUGGCCGAUGGGCGCAGGAUCAUAUCAGAUCCACAUGAAGCUGAGGGGAGGCCCAAUAUCAUUGUCAUGCACCCAGACUUCAGGAUGCUUGUACUGGCUAACCGGCCUGGUUUUCCUUUCCUUGGCAAUGACUUUUUUGGAGCUCUAGGUGAUAUUUUUAGCUGCCAUGCUGUGGACAAUCCAAAGCCCCAUGCUGAGCUGGCUAUGCUUAAACAGUACGGCCCCAAUGUUCCUGAUGCAACACUGCAAAAACUGGUGGCUGCCUUUGGAGAACUAAGGUCCAUGGCUGACCAGGGAACCAUCACCUACCCCUAUUCUACUCGAGAGGUGGUCAACAUUGUCAAACACCUCCAGAAAUUCCCUGAGGAGGGUUUGGCCAACGUGGUGCGAAAUGUCUUCGACUUUGACUCGUACAACAAAGACAUGCGAGAGCUUCUGAUUGAAGCACUGCACAAACAUGGGAUUCCCAUUGGAGCCAAGCCCAGCUCUGUCAAACUAGCUAAGGAGUUGCCCCUGCCAGAGGUUAAGAUGACAGGCUACUGGACAAUAAACCAAGGUGGCAACGCUCGCCGCAAACUGCUCUGUCCCACUGAGACACACCCUAUAGACAUCAAGGGCCCUGUGUUUCUGCGUGUUCAGGGUUACCCCUGCAACAGACAGGAAAGCAGGGCUUUGAGUUUCACUGAAGAGAAAGCCCACUGGCAGAUUCCCAUGAAUGAAGUCAACAUCAUCUGUGAUGUCACCACCAAAGAUGAUGUUGUGUACGUGGCUACGUGUAACCCAGUGUCCCUGUAUGCCAUGAAGGAGCGCGGAGAGACAAUUCAGUGCAUGGAGCUUUAUGACGUCUUUCCCAGGACCAUCAGUGGUGUUUGGCAGCCCUUUGUCACUGUUGCUCCACUUGGGAGUCCUCUGGAUGGACAGGUGGUGCUGCACGAGGAGCAGAGUAACACAGUGCUCCAUUUGGACUUGGUAACAGGCGCAGUGCGGAGGCUCAUGUUGUCUCCAGACAGUGACCAGCCCUCCACCAGAACCUCCAGUUGGUGGAGCAGUAAGGAACAGCAGGGAGGGCAUAAAAUGUGUCAUGACUUUGCCCACAAAAACUGGCUUCUCUUCUUUAAGGAGGAUGGCAACCACCUGGAGGUGCUGGAUGUGCUGGAAGGCCGGGUUCAUUCCAUCUCCCUUCCCAUCAACUUGAAAUCUGUCUUUCUUGUUGCUGAGGACCGCUGGCUGCUGCUGGAGAGCAACACCAACAAGAAAUUCCUGCUGACAAAGCCCAUGCAUAUGGCCGCUGAAGACUCUGGAGUGUGUCAGCUCCACAGCAUCAGUGAAGACUCAGUCAGCUCAGGCCAUGGAGCCAGCUCAGCUGAGGUGUCUGUACCCCAGAUGCUGUCAUGUGAGCAGCUACCCAAUGAGAACCUCAGCGCCGCUUUGGACCAAAAGAUUGUUUCACCUAACCGUAUACUCGCCGACAGUGGUUCCUUUGCACGAGUCGUUGUGGGCUUCCCUGACCUUGUGUCCCCUAAUGAGGUGUACAGCUUUAAGAGGCCUAUUGACCUAUCAGUGAUGAAGAGCAGUGAGAGUGGGGCUCACAUGUUUCUUCGAGGAGGACUUCGGUCUGGCGUACCCAAACGACAGAAUUGUGUCAGUCUUCUCUCAGCUAAUCAGGUGGUCCGAGCCCUUCCGCCACACAAAGUGCCCCUGAAGGAGGUGUACCCCAAAGAUGUCACACCUCCAAUGACAGCAGCGUACCUGGAGGUGACUGAUAUGAACUCCAAAAAAGUCAAAUAUAUUCCUAUCCCAAGGUCAAUGACUGUGUCACCUUACACCAACUGGUUGUCCAAGGUGUCAGAGUCUGAUGUGCUGAUGGCUCCUCUUGGUUCUGGAGGUGUGGUCACUGUGGAUAUGGGAGGGUACGUCCGGCUUUGGGAGACAGGGUUGGACACCCUGCAGCGAUCACUGAUGGAAUGGAGGAAUAUGAUUGGGAUGGAGGACGGCAGACCUGUACAGAUUACCAUCCAGAGGGACAGUGGCCUGGAUGUCACUGCCCCAAAACAUGGCAAGAUGGACCCCAACAAUGCUCCUCAUGUUGGGGGAAACCAGUGGGCUGGAGGCACAGGCGGCAGAGACACUGCAGGGCUGGGUGGCAAAGGGGGUCCAUAUCGGCUGGAUGCCGGGCACAAAGUCUACCAGGUUUCCCAGGCUGAGAAAGACUCAGUUCCAGAAGAGAUCCGCAGGGCAGCCCGUGAAAUGGGUGAGAAAGCCUUCAAAGACAGGCUGAAGGAGAUUGACAUGAGCGAGUAUGAUGCUGCCACGUACGAGCGCUUCUCCAAAGCUGUUAGGAGACAAGUUCAGUCUCUACGCAUCAUCCUGGACAGUUUACAGGCUAAAGGGAAGGAACGACAGUGGUUGAAGAACCAGGCUCUGGGAGAACUGGAUGAUGCUAAAAUCAUUGACGGACUGACUGGAGAGAAGGCUAUAUAUAAACGCAGAGGAGAGUUGGACCCAGAGCUGGGCAGUCCUCAGCAGAAACCCAAGCGUUUGAGGGUGUUAGUCGACGUAUCGGGCAGCAUGUACCGCUUCAAUGGUGUGGACGGCAGGUUGGAGCGCUCCAUGGAGGCUGUGUGUAUGGUCAUGGAGGCUCUGGAGAACUACGAGCACAAGUUCAAGUAUGACAUAGUUGGCCACUCAGGCGAUGGCUACGACAUUGAGCUGGUCAGAGUGGACAAAGCCCCCAAGAAUAACAAGCAGAGACUCAAAGUCCUCAAGAUCAUGCAUGCCCACGCUCAGUUCUGCAUGAGCGGUGACUACACUCUGGAGGGCACGGAUGCCAGCAUUAAGGAACUGGCGCGAGAAGAGGCUGAUGAGCACUUUGUGGUGGUGCUCAGUGAUGCCAACCUGGAGCGCUAUGGCAUCCGUCCCGAGCGUUUUGCCCACGUCCUGACCUCUGACCCGCAGGUUAAUGCCUUUGCCAUCUUCAUCGGAUCCCUUGGCGAUCAGGCUGAAAGACUCCAGAAGACCCUGCCAGCAGGGAGAUCCUUCGUUGCCAUGGACACCAAGCAGAUCCCUCAAAUACUGCAGCAGAUCUUCACAUCUACAAUGCUCUCCAGUGCCUAAGAUGCACAGGCAUAUACGCUCACUUCUUAUCACAUAUAUUCAAAAGCUUACGGUUUGCUGCGAACUCUCAAACUUGUCACACUUUGACUUAUCACAGUGAUAACCCACUUUCUGUACCAGAUUCUAUGAGUUGAGCUCGGGUCUGAAAACUUGUCUCUGAUCAGGCCUGAAGAGGAAAGACAGUCAUGUGUACUGUUUUACAGAGGCCUUCAGUCUGUGUGACACAGUUAAAUAGUGUUUAGCUGCUUUUGACUGUGCCUCGGGGUUAUAGCUACUGUACAAGCUUCUCUGCAGAAAGCCUGUGAUCUUGUGCAGUAUGACUAUGUUCUACUGUGAUGACACAUAGUACAGCGAUAUUAUGGAAGCCUGUAUUCUGUCUCAGACCUCAUGCGGGGCUCAAACACACAGCCUAACCUGUUGUUGUUUUUGUGUUUUUGUGCAGUGACGAAUGUACACGUAUGUCCUUGUCCUGUUUUUGGUUGUGAGCAACUUUAUUGAGAGGAGGGGAGGGUUGUGAACUUGAAACGGCCUCAUUUGUUUGGAUUUCCUCCUCAUUUAUCACGUGUCACACAGAGCAACACACAGACCCAUGCAGGAAGGGCAGGAAUGACGUGCCACCUGACUGACACUUGGAUGUGGCAAGAAGCAAUAUCUUGGCUCUUUUGGAAUUCUGGGACUGUGACCAGGGAAUUUCCCACCUGACUGCACACACUCUUUAAAGGCAGCCAAUGUUGCACAACCCCCUUCCGUGUGUGCGUGUGUGUGUUUGCCUACAGCAUCUAUGUCAACAUGCACAAGCCCUUUCCUUCCUGACUGCGGGACCUUGCAGUGCCUUGUGCACGUCUCAGUCCUGGAAUCUGAGAUCAUCUUUCUUUGCCAGAUCUCCCACUCCUCUUUCUUCAACAAACACAUAAAUACGUUUUCCACUACAAGGCAAAUUAGCAAAAAAAGUUCUCUUUAGACUCAGUCCAUCAGUGUGUAUGCAUAGCUGUGCAUGUUUAGAGAUUACGUGCACACGGACCUGUGAGUGUACAUGGUCUUAAUAAUUCUGCAUCCAAUUCCAUAAUCAGGUUUUGAUGCUUGGUGUUCACGCCUCACUUUGUUGACUGAUAGGAUCAAUAGAACAGCUGGUCUAACUAACUCUGUAUUGAUCCGGCUCUGAUAGAGGGCCUGUCCCUGUUUUAAUUAACCUACUUUUGUCUCCAUUUGAUCUGUCUUGGUUUCUCCCAGUCUGCAGUUGGAAGGAGCAAAAGUAACUUCUGUGUGGAUGUGUUUAAACAUGUUUGCUUGAUGAAACUUCAUGUUUGGGCAUAUAGGCAGUGUGUCUAAAAGCAUACUAAACUCAUAUGCAUUUUGAACCUAUUUAGUAUUAUUUGAUUGUAUAAUAUGUUAUUACUUUGUGAACAAAAAUGUAAAUGUAAUGUACAAAAAUGUAAUGAAAUUUCAGCUGAUUCCCUACAUUUUUUUUGUCUUGUUAUCUAAUUAAAUUAUAAAAUUAGG